AUGCCACUUCGAGGUCACAAUGGCACGGUCAAUGCCGUCGAAUUCUCGCCGGAUGGUUCAUGCAUUGUCUCUGGCUCAUGCGACUACACAAUUCGACUGUGGGACGCAUACACUGGCGAGUCAUUAGGAGAACCACUCAGAGGUGGCAACGGCUGGGUUAAUGCUGUGAGAUUCUCGCUAGACGGCUCACGCAUCGUUGCUGGCUCAGGUGAGUUCACAAUUCAAGUGUGGGAUGCAGCCACUGGGCAGAUAUUGGGAGAGCCACUUCGAGGUCACAAAGACUCGGUCAAUGCCGUCGGAUUCUCACUAGAAGGCUCACAGAUCGUUUCUGACGCGAGAAACCAGACGGCUCUUCGGCUUCUUCCUGAUUAUGUUGCCUGA